GUCUUAACUAUAAGAAGUCCACAAUCUCGACGUCACAUAGUCUCAAAAGGGUUAAUAUGGUAAAAGAGAAAGGGCCAUAGAGGAUGAUAUGUCAGACACUUGCAUCUCCACUUACCAAUAUAUUCAGAAAUUCAGAUCCAACACCAACUCAUUACUCAUCCUGUUCUCCCUCCCUCCUCACCAAAUUCCUCUCUUUUCACCAAACACAGUCAACAUAAAUCACAAAAUUAACAUAAACAAUUAAAAUAUACAAUGCACCAAAUCUCAUUUUGUCACAAUGACAUAAAAGUCCUUCCAAUACCCUUCAAUUCUUCCUUUAAAUCUCAUCCUCAUUUCCUCAAACACCUUGUGUGCACCUCUUCUCUUCUCUCUUUCUCCCACAAUUUCUCAUCUUCUAUUCUCACCUUGGCAAUCCCACAUCCCGUUCCUUCCCCUAUCACCAUGGAUCCCGUUAAUGUUUGGGGGAAUUCUUCCCUUGAAGAGGUAGACCCAGAAAUCUAUGACCUUAUUGAAAAGGAAAAACGCCGUCAAUGUAGAGGAAUUGAGUUGAUUGCCUCUGAAAAUUUCACGUCUUUUGCUGUUAUUCAAGCCCUUGGAAGUGCUCUUACCAAUAAGUAUUCAGAGGGUAUGCCUGGAAAUCGUUAUUAUGGUGGUAAUGAGCAUAUAGAUGUGAUUGAAAACCUUUGUAGAUCAAGGGCAUUACAAUGCUAUAGACUUGACCCUGAAAAAUGGGGUGUUAAUGUUCAACCAUACUCUGGGAGUCCUGCAAAUUUUGCUGCAUACACUGCAGUUUUAAACCCACAUGAUAGAAUUAUGGGACUUGAUCUUCCAUCAGGUGGACAUUUAACUCAUGGGUAUUAUACUGCUGGUGGUAAAAAGAUUUCUGCAACAUCAAUUUACUUUGAGAGUUUGCCUUACAAGGUGAAUUUUCAAACUGGGUAUAUUGAUUAUGAUAAGCUUGAGGAGAAAGCUAUGGACUUUAGGCCUAAAAUGAUUAUUUGUGGUGGAAGUGCUUAUCCUAGGGAUUGGGAUUAUGCUCGUUUUAGGGCUAUUGCUGAUAAAUGCGGUGCCCUUUUGCUCUGUGAUAUGGCACACAUUAGUGGCCUUGUUGCUGCUCAGGAAGCUGCAAGUCCCUUUGAGUAUUGUGACAUUGUGACCACUACUACUCACAAGAGUCUUAGAGGUCCUAGGGCCGGCAUGAUCUUCUACCGCAAAGGCCCAAAACCACCGAAGAAGGGCCAACCUGAAGAUGCUGUGUAUGACUUUGAAGACAAGAUCAACUUUGCUGUUUUCCCUUCCCUUCAAGGUGGUCCUCACAACCACCAGAUUGGUGCUUUGGCCGUUGCCCUGAAACAAGCGAUGUCCCCUGGGUUCAAAGCUUAUGCAAAGCAAGUUAGGGCAAAUGCUGUUGCUAUUGGAAACUAUUUAAUGAGCAAGGAAUACAGCAUUGUUACUGGUGGAACCGAGAAUCACCUUGUCCUUUGGGAUCUUCGUCCUCUUGGAUUGACAGGAAACAAGGUGGAGAAGCUAUGCGAUCUGUGCAACAUCACUGUUAACAAGAAUGCUGUGUUUGGUGAUAGCAGUGCUUUGGCUCCUGGGGGUGUACGAAUUGGUACUCCUGCCAUGACUUCAAGAGGGUUGGUGGAGAAGGAUUUCGAGCAGAUCGGAGAGUUUCUUCACAGGGCCGUGACCAUCACUUUGAACAUCCAAAAGGAGUAUGGUAAACUCCUAAAGGACUUCAACAAAGGUCUGGUAAAUAACAAGGAGAUUGAACAACUGAAGGCCGACGUUGAGAAAUUUUCAUCCUCAUAUGACAUGCCUGGUUUCUUGAUGUCUGAGUUGAAGUACAAGGACUAAGUCCUUUUCAAUCUCAUAAUCAUUCCAACAAAACUGCUGUUCAUUUGGUUUAGAUUUUUCUUUUCAUUUUCAUAAAGUUUAAUUUCUUAGGAAGGUAACUAUCUGGGUAUGUUUUUUCUUUUUACUUUUUGUCUUUGGACAUCAAUUAAGCAGUUCUCUAAUGUCAUGUUUGGGAAAAUGGUGAACAUUUCCUUGUUCCCAAACAUUACAUGACAUUAAUUAUCAGAUUUUAUAUGAAUAAUAAAUAUAGUGAAAAUUUCCUUGUU